UCACAUAUGUGUGAGGAGUGCGGCAGUGAAUUUAUCUCAUUGGGAAACUUAUCGACUCACAUUCAACGGUAUCACACUGGAGAGAGACCGCACCAUUGUCAGCAGUGUGACAAAGGGUUUGUGACCCGAGGAGAAUUAAAGAGUCAUCAGAGGGUUCACACAGGAGAAAAACCCUACAGCUGCGGUGAGUGCGGGAAACGUUUUUCAUGGCUUUCCAGUCUUGUCUGUCACCAGCGCAUCCACACUGGGGUGAAACCGUUCAGCUGUGAGGAGUGUGGAAGGAGUUUCUCUCGACUAUAUUAUUUAAAGGGCCACAAGAACAUCCACACAAAAGAAAUGAUUUUCUCCUGUGAGCAGUGUGGUAAAGUUUUCUCUUCAUCAUCUAACCUUAGAAGGCAUGUUGUUAUGCACACUGGAGAGAAAUCACACAGAUGUGACCAGUGUGGGAAAACAUUCACCUUGAGGCAAUACCUGAGAAUCCACACACGUAUUCACACUGGAGAAAAACCAUACCAGUGCAGACACUGCGACAAGACUUUUAGUUCACAGGGUCCCCGCACAGAACAUGAACGCAUCCACACUGGAACGAGACCGUACAGCUGUGAGGAGUGUGGGAAGUGUUUCACUCAAUUAGGUCAUCUAAAGUUUCACAGGAACAUCCACACAAAAGAAAUGCUUUUCUCCUGCGAGCAGUGCGGGAAGGUCUUCACUUCUUGUGGCGCAUUUAAUUAUCAUAAAAGGAUCCACCGAAAGAAACAGCAAUAAUGUGCACUUUGCGGAAAAAAUUCGAAAGGGUACAAAGUCACUGCUGUACUCUCACUGAAGAUACAAUCUGAAAGUGUAAAAACGCUGUAAACAAACCUUCAUUGAGCAGUUGUGAUGUCAACAUACUUUGUCUUUUUUGUUUGCCUGUUUUAAAAAUGUUUUUGUUGUUGGGUGUUUUAUUUCAUUAAAAAAAAAAUUCCUAGCAUUGGCAUGGUUUAAAAAAAACCAAAAACAUUUUUAUUAAUUUAUGUUCUGUUAUUUAAAACAGCCAUUUCAAUUCUUGGUUUCUAUUUUAGUGUGUUGUUUUAUGUAUUUAUUUAUUUUGAUACGAGAUUUUAACCAUUGGAUGCCAUUUUUUUUUCUCUUUAAUUAUUU